CUCCUCCUUGCUGCCCAAGAUGGCUUCCCCGGGAGUGGAGCUGGGCUUCGUGGAGGAGGAGGAGGCGGCCUCCCUCUCUUCCUGGCGGCUGAGUCGGGAGCAUUUCCCUUGCAAAGUGGGCGGGAGGCCCGCGUGGCUCGGGGAGCGGGGCCUGCCGGGUCCCGGGGAGCUGCGUUGCGGCGCCUGCGGGGCUCCCCUGGCCCUGCUGCUGCAGCUCUACGCCCCCGACGAGGCCAGGCCCCAGGCCUUCCACCGGAGCCUCUUCCUCUUCGGCUGCAGGCAGGGGCCCUGCUACAGAGGCGGCGGCGCUGCUAGGCCUCAGGCCCUGAGAGUGUUUAGGAAUCAGCUGCCGAGGAAGAACGACACUUACUCCUACGAUCCGCCGCCUGAGGAGCCCCCCUUGGAGCCCCCGGGGCCUGGUGUCCCUCUGCAGCUGAAAAGCGGGGCUCCUCUCUGCCGGGUCUGCGGCUGUUUGGGGCCGAAAAGGUGCUCCAAAUGUCACAAGGCUCAUUACUGCAGCAAAGAUCAUCAGCUUAGAGACUGGAAAGCAGGACACAAAGUCUCCUGUUUGCAGCCUGACCAGACCAGUAGUGUGAUUCCAGAUCAUAAUUUUCUUUUUCCUGAAUAUGAAAUUGUAAGAGAGCCGGAAGAAAUGGGCACUUCCCACAUUAAUGAAGCAGAUCGGGAAGAUGUGGAAAAAAAAAUGAAGACUGCAUCUGCGAACAAACUGUGUGAAAAUUCCGAAUCCUUAGAUGAGAAGUUCUUGGAAGCGAUGGCAAAGCAUGAAACCCAAGAUGACAAGAUAUUUCAAAAAUUUAAAGAAAGAAUAUCUUUGGAACCAGAACAGAUUAUCAGAUACUGCAGGGAUGGGGAAGGCCCCCUCUGGAUUUCAGGGGAAAAUAUUCCCCAGGAGACAGAUAUCCCACAGUGUUUGUGUGGUAGUAAACGAGUAUUUGAAUUUCAGGUUAUGCCACAACUGUUGAAUCACCUUAAAGUUGACAGCCUUGAAGAAAGCAUUGACUGGGGUAUACUGGCUAUCUAUACCUGUGCUGAGAAUUGUAGCCUGGGCAGCCGUUACAUUGAAGAGUUCGUCUGGAAACAGGACAUAUCUGGCUCUGUUUAAGUUCUAUGAAAUCUAAAUAUUGGAAUGCUUAUCACCAUUACCAUAAAAAGGCCUUACAUGCUUAAGACAAAUAAGCCUACAAUGUGGAGCUUCUGCAUCAAACAACACGGACAAAGGAAUAUUUUCCUGUGAAUAAAAAGAUCAAGCUGAACAACUUUUUUAUGUGCCAAUAAAAGUAUUGUUUAAAUAAAAGUCCUGUUAAAACUAAA